AUGCAGAGGUUCUGGCAGAGGCAGUCGGAUGGGGGUCCUAGUGCACUCUUAGCGAGAUUUGGCAAUAAUAAGAUUGGCCCCGGCACGGCAGCCCAGAUCUCGCCGUCGACGGUCGUCGAGCAAAUAAUGCAGUUGAUGGAGAGAGUUGACGGUGAUUAUUACGCAGCAAAUGCAAUGAUGGUGUUUGGAGAGUAG